AGAGGGUAUCCAAGUCAUUUCAAAGGGGGCCACCACAUUUCCUCCCUUGACUUAUAUGAUAGAGAUUAAUCAAAAGUAUGACUUAUUUUAAACACACCCCUCAAAAAUUAGCUUAUUUUUGAUUAUUUUUUCAUCCGAUAAAACACCAAUAUAUAGAACUAUAAGUGAAAAUUAUGUUACUUUAAUAAAGGAGGGAAAACACAAGGACCAUAUAAGUUUCUGACACUCUCCCUGGUCCCUCUGUUCCAAUUUGGCAACUCAAGGAGCAAUUCGUGAAACUGUGAAAGCCAUCUAAGACCACAGAAAUCCUUAACAAAAGUAAGAAUACUAACUAACUUGUGGUCUAUUAUUAUAUCUAUAUUAUGGACUUUUCUAACUUCUCUUCACGAGUGUUUGACCAAGAUCACUCUCACUCUUAGUCCAACUCCAUCUUACUCCCUCUCCCUUCACCACCACCACCAUCACCAGCACUACCCUCUCCUCCUCCAACGGGCCGCCACGCCAACGAUAUCGAACCCAACGUCGAAUGCCCACAAUGACUGAAGGAUCCUUGAAUAGUGAGAAUCAAGAAGUCUCGAAUCUUGUAGAACCCUUUUUAGAUCAUGUUGAUUUAAGUUCAAAUAGUAAGGCAAAGGUUAGAAGGUGUGAUAAUGUGACUCCUUAUGAUAAUGCUGGUAUUUUCCAUACUCUCACCUUCUCUUGGCUAAAUACUUUAUUUGCUUUGGGUGCUAAGAAAACCACUUUAGACCUCGACGAUAUCCCUCAACUUGGCAAAGCUAACAGUGUAUUUGGAGUAUUUCCAGAAUUCCAAACUAGGUUUCUCGAGUCAUUGUCACCAGUUGAUGAUCAUGAUAAUGUUUGUACUACUGAGUUUGGGAUUGCAAAAGCAUUUUACUUGUUGGUUUGGAAGGAAAUUCUUUGGACAACUUUGAUGGCAUUAAUAUAUACAUUAUGUCGUUAUGUUGCUCCAUAUCUUAUUGAUAGCUUUGUUCAAUGCCUUAGUGGAAGAGAGAAAUUCAAAGAUGAAGGCUAUAUUCUGGCAUUUAUCUUUUGUGCUGCGACUUUUCUUGAGGAUUUCAUACGAAAGCAUUGGAUCUUUAAGAUGCAACAAAUUGGAAUUAGGUUUCGUGCAGUGACAACUGUAAUGAUCUACAAUAAGUGUUUAAGACUUCCCUCCCGAUCCUCCCUGCAAGGCAACGAAGAGGGUAGCGGUAGUGGAGAACUUAUCAAUGCAGUGGCUGUUGAUGUCAAGACAAUCCAAGAUUUCAUUGUGUACUUGCAUGAUACAUGGUUAAUCUUUUUGCAAAUCGGUUUAGCCUUGCUAAUACUGUACAAGAACUUGGGACUUCUUGCAUCGGUUGCUGGUUUCAUUGUGACAUUGAUUUUUAUGCUAUUGAACUCCGUAUUUAUCAAAUGGCAAGAGAAGUUUCAGAAAAAACUAAUGGAAUCUAAGGAUAGCAGAAUGAAGGUCACUAUUGAGACUUUGAAGAAUAUGAGAGUUCUUAAGUUCCAGGGAUGGGAGAUGAGUUUUUUGUCUAAGAUUCUUGAACUCAGGAAAGUUGAGAUGCAAUGGUUGAAGAAAUAUCUGUUUAGUUCAGCAGCGAUGAGCUUUUUCAGUGGGAUAGGUCCAACUUUUGUGGCUUUGGUUACUUUUGGCUCUUGUAUUUAUAUGGGAAUUCCCCUUGAAACUGGACAGAUUUUAUCAGCACUUGCAACUUUCCGGGUUCUUGGAGAGCCAAUCUUCCAGCUCCCUCGUAAAUUAUCGGUGCUAAUCCAAGCCAAAGUUUCACUUGGGAGAAUUGUCUUUUUUCUUAACCUUGAUGAACUUCAAGAUUAUGUUAUAGAGAAACUACCAUUAGAUGGUUGUGAUACAUCAAUUGAGAUUGUUGACGGGAACUUUACUUGGGAAAAUAUUUCUUCACCCUCUAGUUCAACACUAAAAGACAUAAACUUGAAAGUGUCUCAUGGUAUGAAGGUGGGCAUAUGUGGUAGUGUUGGAUCUGGUAAGUCAAGCUUACUUUCUUGCAUACUAGGUGAAAUACCUAGAAUCUCUGGACGGGUCAAGUUGUGUGGAGCAAAGGCAUAUGUCGCACAAUCACCUUGGAUACAAAGUGGUACGAUUCAAAACAACAUUUUGUUUGGGAAAGAGAUGGAUCAAGAAAGAUAUGAUCAAGUACUUGAAGCUUGUUGUCUAAAGAAAGACUUGGAGAUCCUCUCAUUUGGUGAUCAAACAAUCAUUGGUGAGAGAGGUAUUAACUUAAGCGGAGGCCAAAAGCAAAGAAUACAAAUUGCUCGUGCCCUCUACCAUGAUGUAGAUAUCUAUCUCUUCGACGAUCCUUUUAGUGCUGUAGACGCUCAUACAGGCUCUCAUUUAUACAAGGAAGUUUUGCUCGGUCUUCUGAAGGGAAAAACUGUUGUUUAUGUGACUCAUCAAGUUGAGUUCUUAACCGUUGCUGAUCUUAUUGUGGUCAUGAAAAAGGGAAGAAUAGCACAAGUUGGAAAGUAUGAAGACCUGCUUGUUCCAAGGUCCGAUUUUAUACAACUUGUAGGUGCACAAAAUGCAGCUAUGACUUCUACACUUGAUUCCAACAUGGUGUCACCAGUUUUUACAGAUGAUAAAAGUAUCAUCACUAAUGAGAUGAAGCAGCAGGAAGAAGCAAACAGAGUAACACGAAAUGGUGAAGCAGAUAACGGAGAAGCUUAUGGUUUGGUACCACCUUCAUCACAACUCAUAAAAGAAGAAGUAAGAGAGAAAGGGCGUGUCGAGUUUUCAGUUUAUUGGAAAUACAUCACAUCUGCAUAUGGGGGAAGUCUAGUACUUCUUUCGAUUCUGGCCAGAGGUAUCUUACAGAUUCUCCAAAUAGGGAGCAACUAUUGGUUGGCAUGGGCAGCUCCUUCGUCAAAGAAUGUUGAACCUGUUGUUAGUGGAUCAACACUAAUAAUUGUGUAUGUAACUUUGGCUUUUGGUAUAUGUAUCUGCACCAUUGGUGUAGAUUUGCUUCUUGUAACAACAGGCUAUAAAACUGCAACCACGCUUUUCACAAAAAUGCUUCAAAAUGUUUUCUGUGCUCCUAUGUCCUUUUUUGAUGCUACACCAAGUGGAAGAAUUCUCAACAGAUGUUCAACAGACCAAAGUGCUGUGGAGACUCGAAUUCCGUCCAUACUUGACAAUCUUAUUUACUUUACCAUCCAACUUUUGGGAAUCAUUGCUGUUAUGUCUGCGGUAGCAUGGCAAGUUUUGAUCUUCUUCAUUCCCUUGAUAUUCACUUCCAUCUGGUAUCAGCAAUACUAUAUGCCUUCAUCGAGAGAACUAUCACGAUUGAGUGGAGUAUGUGAAGCUCCUGUUAUUCAAUUUUUUGCUGAAACAAUCUCGGGAACAACAACCAUUAGGAGCUUUGAUCAACAAUCAAGAUUCCGGCCAACCUACAUGAAAAUAGUGGACGAUUAUUCUCGCCCUGAAUUCCAUCUUGCUGCUGCAAUGAAAUGGCUAUUGCUGCGACUUAAUACACUCUCUUGUAUUACUUAUGCUUUCCUUUUGUUUCUCUCGCUAUACUUUGCAGAUAGAACAGAUCCUGCAAUUGCGGGAUUAGCUGUGACAUAUGGUCUCACCCUAAAUGGUGAACUAGCUGGGUUAAUAUGGUCUUUAUGCGAUUGGGAGAACAAAAUGAUAUCAGUUGAGAGGAUUCUUCAGUACAUGUCCCUUCCUAGUGAGGCUUCUGUUACAAUACAAAAAACCAGGCCGGAUUGUUCUUGGCCAUCACACGGGGGAAUUGAUGUUCAGAAUUUACAGGUCCGAUAUGCUCCUCAUCUGCCACUCGUGCUCCACAGAGUAACAUGCAGUUUUCCAGGAGGGAUGAAAACGGGUAUUGUUGGAAGAACAGGAAGUGGUAAAUCAACUCUGAUACAAGCACUUUUCCGGAUAGUUGAACCCACAGCUGGUCGGAUUGUGAUUGAUGGUAUUGAUAUCUCAUCCAUCGGACUCAAAGACUUGAGGUCAAGACUAAGUAUCAUCCCUCAGGAUCCAACCAUGUUUCAGGGAACAAUCCGAAGCAAUUUGGACCCACUUGAGCAAUACACCGAUGAACAAAUAUGGGAUACUCUAGAUAAAUGUCAACUUGGAGAUGAAGUCAGAAAGAUGGAAAAAAAGUUGGAUUCUAGUGUUCUUGAAAAUGGAGAGAAUUGGAGCAUGGGUCAGAGACAACUAGUUUGUCUAGGACGCGUAUUACUUAAGAAAAGCAAGGUGUUGGUCCUUGAUGAAGCAACUGCAUCAGUUGACACAGCUACUGACAAUCUCAUUCAACUAACUCUUAAGCACCACUUUCCUGAAUGUACGCUCAUCAUCAUUGCACACCGCAUUACUUCUGUUCUUGACAGCGACAUGGUCUUGCUGCUCAGUCAUGGGUUGGUUGAGGAAUUUGAUUGUCCUACGAGAUUGUUACAAAGCAAUUCAUCUUCAUUCUCAAAACUUGUCAGAGAGUAUACAUCAAGAUCCUCUAAUUCAAUUACUCACCUCUGAGACUAAACUCGUGACAAGUAGAAUUCGGGUUGUCGUUACCAACUAAACCAGUAGCAUAUACUUCUUAUAGUUUGAGAUUUCAUACAUCUUUGUAACAAUGUAGUGUGUAUACUUUGUGCUAAUUACAUACAUCUUUGUAACAAUUUAGUGUGUAUACUUUGUGCCAAUUACAUACAUCUUUGUAACAAGGGCCCUAAUAGAGGUUGAGAUUUCACUA